AUGGCAUCCUGCGACGCAGUGUUGGAAGCUCUCAGCAAACUCUCCAUCUCACCAAAGACAGUUUCUCACAAUGCCGUCAGCGACAGCAAGGCCUGGACUGAAGCUUUGAGCAGCAAUACCAACGAACAAUAUCAAGUGACAAAGACAUUGAUUCUCAAGCCUAAGACUGCAAAGACCGCCCCUGCUACACCUGUUGUCGUUAUCGCUUUGGAAUCCACCGAGACUAACGCCACUGCUCUCGGUAAGAAGCUUUCCUUGAAGGAUUGCCGUUUCGCCAAUGAAGAUUUGCUCAAGGGUACCUUCGGCGUCGAUAAGGAUUCAGUCUCUCCUUUUGCUUUGUCCAAUGUUGAGGAUCUUUCCUUGGUUCAUCUUGUUGUCGAUAGCACCAUCUUGGCCCUUGAUGCUACUGCCUUGUUGGCAUUCCAUCCCUCUGCUGCUGACAAGACAGUCUUUGUUACAGUCGAUCAAUUGAAGAGCUACUUUGCCUCCAUCAACAAGGAAUUCAUCGAUGUUGAUUUUAAGGCUUUGGCUGCCGCCAAACCUCCUGCUACUGACGCCAAGAAGCCUGCCAAGGCCUCCAAGGCUAAGAAGGAAGCUGCUGCUCCCUCUGAGGAAGCCAAUCAAAUGGGUCUCGGUUGUAAGAAGGAAGAGGAUUUUCCCAAGUGGUAUCAACAAGUGUUGACCAAGAGUGAAAUGUUGGAAUACUACGAUGUUUCUGGUUGUUACAUUCUUCGUCCCUUGGCCUACAACGUUUGGAAGGAGAUCACCAACUUUUUUGAUGCUGAAAUCACAGAGAUGGGUGUCGAGGAUACUUACUUCCCCAUGUUUGUCUCCAACCGUGUUUUGGAACGUGAGAAGGACCACAUUGAGGGUUUCGCUCCUGAAGUUGCUUGGGUGACUAAGGCUGGUAGCAGCGAUCUGGAAGAGCCUAUUGCUAUUCGUCCUACCUCUGAAACUGUCAUGUAUCCCUACUUCUCCAAGUGGAUCCGUUCUCACCGUGAUUUGCCCUUCCGUAUCAAUCAAUGGUGUUCUGUUGUUCGUUGGGAAUUCAAGAACCCUCAACCCUUCCUUCGUACUCGUGAAUUCCUCUGGCAAGAGGGUCACACUGCUCAUUUGACCUUGGAGAGCGCUGAUGUCGAAGUCAAGCAAAUUUUGGAUCUCUAUGAGCAAAUUUACACUGACUUGUUGGCUUUGCCCGUUGUGAAGGGUGUCAAGUCUGAGAAGGAGAGAUUUGCUGGUGGUUAUUACACUACGACUGUUGAAGGUUUUAUCCCUACCACUGGUCGUGCUAUCCAAGGUGGUACCUCUCACUGUCUUGGCCAAAACUUCAGUAAGAUGUUCAACAUUACUGUCGAGGAUCCUAGUGCUCCUGCCAACGCUACUGAGGAAGCCAAGAAGCUCCACGUCUGGCAAAACUCUUGGGGUCUCUCCACUCGUACCAUUGGUGUCAUGGUCAUGACUCACGGUGAUGAUAAGGGUUUGGUCAUGCCUCCUCGUGUCGCCCUCAUUCAAACUGUCAUUGUUCCCUGUGGUCUGACCGUCAAGACUUCCAAGGCUGAAUCUGACAAGAUCUUUGAUGCCUGUCAAGAUGUUGCCAACCGUCUCAAGAAGGCUGGUCUCAAGAGCAAGGCCGAUCUUCGUGAAAACUAUACCCCUGGUUUCAAGUUUAACCAUUGGGAAAUUCGUGGUGUUCCUCUUCGUCUCGAAGUUGGUCCCAAGGACUUGGAAAAGAACCAAGUUACCGCUGUUCGUCGUGAUACCGGUGCCAAGUUUUCUGUUUCUCUUGAUAACCUUGAAGCUGGUGUCAAGGAAGCCCUUGAUACUAUUCAACGUGAGAUGUAUGAAAAGGCCUCCAAGAAGAUGCAAGAAUCUAUCGUCCGUGUUUCCAAGUGGGAGGACUUUGUUCCCACCCUCAAUAAGAAGAAGUUGCUCUUGGUCCCCUGGUGUGAUCGCAUGGAGUGUGAGGAUGAUAUCAAGGAGCGUUCUGCCAAGGUCGCCAAUGAAGGUGAGGAGGAGGAUGACCGUGCUCCUUCCAUGGGUGCCAAGUCUCUCUGUAACCCCUUCAACCAACCUACUGAAGAUCCCAUUGUCCCUGGCGUCACCAAGUGUGUUGCUUGUGAACAUGAUGCUAAACAUUUCAUGCUCUUUGGUAGAAGUUAUUAA